CUGCAGUGUGUGCUAUAUCUGUGGAGUUUGAAGAUAUUGUGUCCAAAAACGCUGUUCAUGUUACGAGGAAACCACGAGUGCCGGCACCUCACAGAAUACUUCACAUUUAAAACAGAGUGCAAAAUUAAAUACACAGAGAAUGUGUAUAAUGCAUGUAUGAUAGCAUUUGAUUGUCUACCAUUAGCAGCUGUAAUGAACCAACAGUUUCUCUGUGUCCACGGAGGCCUCUCCCCAGAAAUACACUCAUUAGACGACAUCAAGAAUUUGGACAGAUUCAAGGAGCCUCCAGCAUUCGGUCCUAUGUGCGAUCUCCUAUGGUCAGAUCCGUUAGAGGACUUUGGUAGCGAGAAGAGCGCAGAACACUUCAGUCACAAUUCAGUCAGAGGCUGCUCAUACUUUUACAGCUAUCAAGCUUGCUGUGAGUUCUUACAACAGAAUAACCUUCUUUCAAUAAUCCGAGCGCACGAGGCACAGGAUACUGGGUAUCGGAUGUAUAGGAAGAGUCCUACAACAGGUUUCCCCUCCCUUAUUACCAUCUUCUCGGCACCUAACUACCUGGAUGUCUAUAACAAUAAAGCUGCAGUACUGAAGUACGAGAACAAUGUAAUGAAUAUCAGGCAGUUCAACUGUUCCCCUCACCCCUACUGGUUACCUAACUUCAUGGAUGUAUUCACAUGGUCAUUACCGUUCGUCGGUGAAAAGGUAACGGAAAUGCUGGUCUCGAUUCUCAACAUCUGCUCUGACGACGAGCUCCUCUCGGACGGAGACGAUACAUUUGAAGUGGUGGACCUCCCUAAAAAAAAUUCUACCACAGAGACUAAUGCAGAUCCAGGUAAGACGGAGAGCAACGUAACCCCCCCCCCCACCCCCCCCCACCCCCAACACCCCUCUUUGCCAUCUUCAUCCAUCCCCUCAUCUCAUCCGUCCAUCUCUUAUUCUUCCCUCUUUCUUACAUUCCCCUUUCCUGUAUCCCAUUCUUUCCCCCUAUCUUCACUCCUGUCUCUCCUGUUAAGUAUUUGGGCUGAUCGGGCACUUUCUAUUAACGGUUAUAGUCUCUAUUAUUCUUUAAUAUUGGCCUUUCAUUCAUUAAUCUUUCAUCCAUUGUGCCUAUCUAUUCGCCAACUCUUCUCUCUAUACUUCUAUGGGUAUAAGGGCACUUUCCAUUAGAUACAGCUUUAUAUCUCUAAUAUAUAUAUUUCUCUUAAUUCAAAACUUUCAUGGAUUUUUGCU